UUGCAUAUAAAAUAAAUAAGCGACUCAAUAUCCUUUCAGACAAAAUCCUGAGACUGUAAUCGUAUCAAUCCGGUGCCUCACACUUCAUUCCAGUGGGAGAAAAACAAGAAGAAGACGUUUUUGUUGAAUAAAAGUCGCGUUAUAUAAACAUAUUUCUUUGAACAGAGACUUCAGUCUCAGCUUUUAAAUAUGGCAGCUUGACUAGCAAGCAAAAAUGCUUUAUUCUAAAACGUCUCUGUAGCAAGUCUUGUAUCCUGAUGAAGACCACUAAAGGGCGCUAAACACACAUUAUUAUAACCUUUGGUACACACUCCGGAGCAGAUGGUGGCGGUAAUGCGGCUAAUACGAUUGUUCUCAAUCGCCGUUGAGAAGAAGUCUACAGCAGCCACAACCCUGCCUGCCUCUGGACCAAAAUAGACAGUUGAAGGCAGAGCAGCUGAUAUUAUCGACCAGAAAUGGCUGCCACCGGAGUUCUUCCCUUCAUUAGGGGGGUAGAUCUCAGUGGAAACGACUUCAAAGGCGGGUACUUCCCAGAGCAUGUCAAGUGUAUGAGCAGUCUGCGAUGGCUGAAACUGAACAGGACAGGACUGUGCUACCUCCCAGAGGAGCUGGCCUCUCUGCAGAAAUUGGAGCAUCUUUCAGUGAGUCACAACAGCCUGACCACUCUACAUGGAGAGCUGUCCAGCCUACCGAACCUGCGGGCGGUGGUAGCCAGAGCAAACAACCUGAAGAACUCUGGAGUCCCCGAUGACAUCUUUCAGCUAGAUGACCUCUCUGUGCUGGAUCUGAGUUACAAUCAGCUCACGGAGAUCCCCCGGGACCUGGAGAACAGCAGGAACAUGCUGGUGCUGAAUCUUAGCCACAACAGCAUCGACGCAAUCCCCAACCAGCUGUUCAUCAACCUGACAGACCUGCUGUAUUUGGACCUGAGCGACAACAAACUGGACAGCUUGCCACCGCAGAUGAGACGCCUGGUUCACCUGCAGACACUCACGCUGAACAACAACCCGUUGAUGCACGCACAGUUGCGCCAGCUGCCAGCCAUGGUGGCAUUACAGACUCUCCACCUAAGGAACACCCAGAGGACCCAGAGUAACAUGCCCACCAGCCUGGAGGGUCUGACACAUUUAGCAGAUGUUGACCUGUCAUGUAACGACCUGUCCCGGGUGCCAGAGUGCCUCUAUUCACUGGGCAGUUUGAAGAGACUCAACCUCAGCAGUAAUCAGAUCUCAGAACUGUCCCUCUGCAUCGACCAGUGGACUCAGCUGGAGACGCUUAACCUGAGCCGUAACCAGCUCACCUCACUGCCUUCUGCAAUCUGUAAACUGGCCAAACUGAAGAAGCUGUAUGUAAACUCUAACAAGCUGGACUUUGACGGGGUCCCACCAGGCGUGGGCAAACUGUCCAGCCUCACUGAGUUCAUGGCCGCCAACAACAACCUGGAACUCAUCCCAGAGGGACUCUGCAGGUGUGGCAAGCUGAAGAAGCUGGUGCUGAAUAAAAACCGGCUGGUAACGCUGCCCGAGGCUAUCCACUUCCUGACUGAUUUAGAGAUUCUGGAUGUGCGUGAGAACCCUAACCUGGUGAUGCCUCCUAAACCAGUGGACAGAGCAGCAGAGUGGUACAACAUUGACUUCUCUCUCCAGAACCAGCUCCGGCUGGCCGGGGCCUCACCUGCCACCGUCGCUGCCGCUGGAGGAGGAGCCAGCCCCCGAGAUCCCCUGGCGAGGAAGAUGAGGCUAAGGAGGAGGAAGGACUGUUCUCAGGACGAUCAGGCAAAGCAGGUGCUGAAGGGAAUGAGUGACGUCGCACAGGAAAAGAACAACUUAGAGGAGAGCGGGGAUUUGAAAUAUGCUGAUUUAAAGAUCCGGCGCUGGGACAAAAGUCUAGAGAAACCUCAUCUGGACUACUCGGAGUUCUUUAUGGAGGACGUGGGGCAGGUUCCAGGUGUGUCCGUGUGGCAGAUCGAGAACUUUGUUCCAGUACAAGUGGACGAAACUUUCCAUAGCAAGUUCUAUGAGGCUGACAGCUACAUCAUCCUCAAGACUUUCCUGGAUGACAACGGCGCAUUGAACUGGCAGAUCUUCUACUGGAUCGGCCAGGAGGCCACUCUGGACAAGAAGGCCGGUGCUGCCAUCCACUCCGUCAACCUCAGAAAUUUCCUUGGAGCGGAGUGCAGGACGAUACGGGAGGAGAUGGGAGACGAGAGCGAGGAGUUCAGCGCCGUGUUUAACAAUGAGAUCUCUUACAUUGAGGGAGGAACAUCCAGUGGAUUCUACACUGUAGAGGACACGCACCAUUCUGUCAGGUUGUACAGAGUUUACGGCAAGAGGAACAUCAGACUGGAGUCUGUACCUGUGAAGGCCUCGUCCCUCGACCCUCGGUUUGUCUUCCUGUUGGACACGGGGCCGGACAUCUUUAUCUGGAGAGGAGCCAACGCUUCCCUCAGCAGCACCACAAAGGCCAGGUUAUUUGCAGAGAAGAUCAAUAAGAAUGAGCGUAAGGGGAAGGCAGAGAUCACAUCCCUCAUGCAGAACCAGGAGCCCCCGGAGUUCUGGGAGGUUCUGGGAGGACAACCAGAGGAGAUCAAGAAACACGUAGCAGAGGACUUCUCUCCCGUCAGACCUAAACUGUACAAGGUGGGCUUGGGUCUGGGCUACCUGGAGCUGCCACAGAUCAACUACAAGCUGUCAGUCGAGCACAAAGACCACAAGAUCAAACUGGACACUUCGCCAGAGAUGAGACUGGUGCAGUCCCUGCUGGACACGAAGUGCGUGUACAUCCUGGACUGCUGGUCUGACGUGUUCAUCUGGAUCGGGAGGAAGUCGCCACGUCUCGUCCGAGCCGCUGCCUUAAAACUGGGUCAGGAGAUCUGCUCCAUGCUGCACCGGCCAAAACAUGCCUGCGUCACACGCAACCUGGAGGGCACCGAGUGCCAGGUGUUUAAGUCCAAGUUUAAGAACUGGGAUGAUGUGUUGAAGGUGGACUACACCAGAGCAGCUGAGACUGUACAACAGAAGGACAACCUACAGGGCAAGGUGAAGAAGGACGCAGAAGAGAAAGAUAAGAUGAAAGCCGACCUCACAGCCCUCUUCCUCCCCAGGCAGCCAGCCAUGCCCCUCACUGAGGCUGAACAGCUGAUGGAGGAGUGGAAUGAGGAUCUGGACGGCAUGGAAGGAUUUGUGUUGGAGGGAAAGAAGUUUGCUCGCCUGCCUGAGGAGGAGUUUGGGCACUUCCACACCCAGGACUGCUACGUCUUCCUCUGCAGGUACUGGGUGCCUGUGGAGUACGAAGAUGAGGAGAAGGAGAAGAAAGAGGGCGAAGGCGGUGAAGGAAGAAAAAAUGCAACAGCAGAGGAAGAUGACAAACAGCCCGAGGAGGACUUCCAGUGUGUAGUGUACUUCUGGCAGGGCAGACAGGCUUCCAACAUGGGCUGGCUCACUUUCACCUUCUCGCUGCAGAAGAAGUUUGAGAGUCUUUUCCCUGGAAAACUGAAGGUGGUGCGUAUGACUCAGCAACAGGAAAACCUCAAGUUCCUGUCCCACUUUAAGAGGAAGUUCAUCAUCCACAAAGGGAAGAGAAAACAGAAGACUGACGCUGCUCAGCCCUCCCUGUACCACAUACGCACCAAUGGCAGCGCACUUUGCACCAGGACAAUCCAGAUUGGGACGGAUUCCAGCAAUCUCAACUCGGAGUUUUGUUUCAUUCUCAAGGUACCGUUUGAGAGCACAGACAAUCAGGGCAUCGUUUACACCUGGGUGGGCAGAGCUGCCGACCCCGACGAAGCCAAACUGGCCGAGGACGUCAUGAACAGCAUGUUCGAUGACACGUACAGCAAACAGGUAAUUAAUGAAGGGGAGGAGCCAGAGAACUUCUUCUGGGUGGGGAUUGGCUCUCAGAAGCAAUACGAUGAAGAUGCAGAUUAUAUGAAACGCGCUCGGCUCUUCAGGUGUUCCAAUGAGAAGGGUUAUUUCUCCGUGUCGGAGAAGUGCUCGGACUUCUGUCAGGACGACUUGGCUGACGAUGACAUCAUGUUGCUGGACAACGGACACGAGGUGUACAUGUGGGUCGGCACACAGACCAGCCAGGUGGAGAUCAAACUUAGUCUCAAAGCUUGCCAGGUUUACAUCCAGCACAUGCGCGCUAAGGACACUGAGCCCCCCAGGAAGCUGCGACUGGUGCGGAAGGGGAACGAACCCCACUGCUUCAACCGCUGCUUCCACGCCUGGGGAGCGUUCAAAACUACCCUCGCAUAGACUAACGCAUUCACAGAAAUGUUCAGACAUGCAUCAAAUGUAUUCGCUGCCUUGUCAUUUUCUAUCAGUAAGGUGAUGAUGAUGAUGUCUUUGCCUAACCCAGCUUUACAUGAGCUCUGAUUGCUUCCCCCCCCCCCCCCUCCUGCCAAAAACUGAUUUAAAGUUCAACGUUCAAUCGGUGAAAGUUCUUCUGGUCAAGAAGCUGUUGGCUGUUUCCUGUCUUUGGGACAAACUGCAAAAUAUCACUUUUCUUUUUCUACAAGCUUGUUGAGCAGCGUCUGAAUGCUGCUGUUAUAUGUUAUAAGAAGAGAAUUAUGUUUUGAGAUGAAAUGAGUGUACAGAGGCUUUAUAAAAACCCAAAGGGAGCUGAAUGCCCUAACAUAUCGACCCGCUGCUUCCACUUGGCUCGUGCUGCAUGGUUAGUAGUUUUCAGUGGAGGCGGCACUCCUCCAUGCUUGGUGCCAUUUUUCGCAGCUCAUUUGAAGUUUAAGACAAAACAUUACAUUUUACAGCUUGUAAUGUUUGUUUCAUCAUUGAGGGACAAAAUGGAAAACAGCACUAUAAUUGUUUUUCUGAGGAAUGUUGGUUUAUAUAUAUUUUUCUGUUGUGCGGACUACACGUGGUGUGUUUGGGUGUGUGCCCUGUGCGCCUUCAUUGAAAUGGGGACGGCUGAUGUCCACUGAUCUGUUUCAACCUCACAAAGUAUGACUCGUGUAAAGAUUCUUUAGGCAGUCAUUUGUUAAACAGUUACAUUUAUUUGGCCAAAGAAAUAUUGGACGUAGGUCAAUGUCCAAGUUAUAGUGUGAGACAGACUCGUUAUUUUUAGGACAGAUGUUUAAAUGUGCAAUCGGUAAAGCCGGGAGAUACUGAAACUAAAUGAUACUGUAUUGUUCUACGUUAUAGGCUUACAACUUUCCAAAAUUUUAUAUAAUCAUGUUUAGAAAAGUAAAGGCAUCAUGUUUAAAAUUCUAAAGGUUUAGAAAUUAGACAUUUUAGUCAGACAUUGAUGUUAAAAUGUUGCUUUAUUUUUCAAAUAUGUUUCUCGUUUUGGAACAAAAGUUAAGAUUAGCAGAUUUUAAUGGGAGAUCUUUUGCACCGUAUGACAGACAUAUCUUAAUAAAUAUAGUGACUGCUGGUUCCAUUGAUCUCAAAUCAGUAGUUUGUUUGACAGAUGAGUUAUGAUCUGUUAAAACACUUCUAGAUCAGUGCCUCCAGGGUCAACAUUUGAAGUACAGAACUGCUGCAGUGCUGCUUGUGAUCAUGUGACCUGUAUAGUGUGCAGGCAUUGGUCCAAGCAAGAUCUAUGUACCGUAUUCUCAAAGGCUGCAACUACCAUCAUUUGUUCCUUUAUACUUCAUGUGGGGUGAAUUGUAUGCCUGGUAGUGUGUUUGAGAUAUAACACAUGUGUGUGUGUGUGUAUAUGCUUCUGAUGCCACCUGCAGAUGCUUUAUUUAUGUAUUUUAUAUUAAAAUAAAAUCUCACAUCACAUAUUGUCA